AUGCCCAAAAGAAAGGCUGAAGGGGAUACUAAAGGAGAUAAAGCCAAGGUGAAGGAUGAACCACAGAGAAGAUUGGCAAGGUUGUCUGCUAAACCUGCUCCUCCAAAGCCAGAGCCCAAGCCUAAAAAGGCCCCCGCAAAGAAGGUACCCAAGGGGAAGAAGGAGAAGGCUGAUGCUGGUAAGGAUGCCAAUAAUCCUGCAGAGAAUGGAGACGCCAAAACAGACCAGGCACAAAUAGCUGAAGGUGCUGGAGACGCCAAGUGAAAUGUGUGCGUUUUUGAUAACUGUGUACUUCUGGUGACUGUACAGUUUGAAAUACUAUUUUUUAUCAAGUUUUAUAAAAAUUCAGAAUUUUGUUUUACUUUUUUUUUU